AUGCCUCUCCUCGCACAGAACCCGAAAGACCGAGUCAUCCUCGGUUUGAUGACCUUUGGCCCUGAUGAGACAAGCGGCGCACGCAUCACAGAGUUCAAUGAGUUCACCAAGCAUCUCGACUACUUCCAAUCCCAAGGCUACGAUGAAGUCGACACAGCGCGUAUGUACGUUGGCGGCAAACAAGAGGCAUGGACGCGCCAGGCGGGAUGGAAGGACCGCGGCCUUACCCUCGCCACCAAGGUCUACCCUUAUGAGGCUGGUGUCCACAAGCCCGACAGACUGAAAGAGCACUUCGAAACUAGUCUCAAAGAGUUGGGUGCAGACUGCGUGGACAUCUUCUACCUGCAUGCACCAGACCAUUCUGUGCCGUUCGAGGAGACUCUCGGUGCCGUGAAUGAGCUGCACAAGCAAGGCAAGUUUGUGAACUUGGGACUAUCCAACUUUGCGGCCUGGGAGGUCGCCGAAGUGUACAAUAUCUGCAAGGAGCGGGGUUGGGUGAAGCCAACCAUCUACCAAGCCAUGUACAAUGCUAUCACUCGUGCCAUCGAACCCGAGCUCAUCCCAGCCUGCCGCAAAUACGGCAUCGACAUCGUCAUCUACAAUCCCCUGGCUGGCGGUCUCUUCUCCGGCAAGAUCAAGUCCAAGGACAUCAAGCCCGACGAAGGCCGUUUCGGAACCAAAGCGGAUCGUGUAGGAAGCAUGUACCGCGACCGUUACUUCAAGGACGCUACUUUCCAGGCUUUGAAGAUCGCCGAAGACGCCGCGCAGAAGCACAACUUGACUUUGCUAGAAAUCGCGCUGCGAUGGUGUGUGCACCACUCCGAGCUGAAGACACGUGUCAAAGGCGGAAACGAUGGUGUGAUUAUUGGUGUCAGCAGCUUGAAACAGUUAGAAGGAAACCUUGCGGAUCUAGAAAAGGGACCGCUGCCUGACGACGUUGUAAAGGCGUUGGAUGAGGCUUGGAUGGCUGCUAAGGCUACGGCACCGACUUACUUCCGUUAG